AUGGAGACAGCAAUCAGCUUCCCCUUUCUGUCUUCUUCGAAAAUGUUCUACAUCAGCAAAGCAGUGGCAGUAAUUGCUGUGGUUGCAGCUGUCGGCGCCGUGGCCACCAUCAUAGCCUUGUCUGUGGUUUACGCUCAGGAGAAGGCAAAGAAUGAAGUGACAGCACCCUCCACCACUGGCCCCCCAGCAACCACUGGCUCCCCAGCCACCACUGGCCUCCCAGCCACCACCACCCCGUCCAUCCCUAAGGAACCCUGGAAGCGUUACAGACUCCCUGACUCUCUGGCUCCCAUUUCCUACAACGUGACCCUGUGGCCUCGGCUGGAGCCCAACAAAGGUGGCCUGUACAUCUUCACUGGACACUCGGUAGUGGUCUUCACCUGUGUGAAGGAAACUGAUCUCAUCAUCAUCCACUCCAACAAGCUAAACUUAACCAGAUUCCAAGAUCAUCUCGCCAAGCUGAGCGGCCUGGAUGGAGCCACUGUGCCCAGUGUGAGCAACAGCUGGCUGGAGGAACCCACCCAGUACCUGGUGGUCCAGCUCAGCAGCAAACUGCAGGCUGGCAAGUCCUACGAACUCUAUACUGAGUUUGUUGGAGAGCUGGCCGACGACCUGGGAGGAUUCUACAGGAGUGAAUACAUGGAGGAUAGGGUGAAAAAAGUUGUGGCCACUACUCAAAUGCAGCCGACCGAUGCCAGGAAAGCCUUCCCCUGCUUCGAUGAGCCUGCUAUGAAAGCCAUCUUCCACAUGACCCUCAUUCACCCCGUUGGAACUGUGGCUCUGGCCAACGCCAUGAAUUACGAGCCCACUAACGUCACCAUAGAGGGCCAGACUGUAACUCGGACAAGCUUUGAACCCACAAAGAUAAUGUCAACCUACCUGCUGGCAUUUGUCGUCUGUGAAUUUACAUUCAUCAGGACGCCACCAGGAGCAGAUGUUUUGAUCAGAAUCUGGGCUCGCAGGAAGGCAAUAGAGGAGGGUCAGGGAGACUAUGCCCUGAAUAAGACGGGACCCAUACUGACAUUCUUUGAGAAAUACUACAACUCCCCCUACCCCCUGGAAAAGUCAGACCAGAUAGCUCUUCCUGACUUCAGUGCUGGAGCCAUGGAGAACUGGGGCCUGAUCACCUACAGGGAGACAGCCCUGUUAUAUAAUCCUGACAUGUCAUCCAAUGGAGACAAGGAGUGGGUGGCAACAGUCAUCUCCCAUGAGCUUGCUCACAUGUGGUUUGGGAACCUGGUGACUAUGAAGUGGUGGAAUGACCUGUGGCUGAACGAGGGAUUUGCCACCUACGUCUCUUAUCUUGGAGCCAACUCUGCCGAACCAGACUGGAAUAUAAAAGAUCUGAUAGUUCUGAAUGAGGUGCAUGGUGUUAUGGCAGUGGACGCCUUGGCAUCUUCCCAUCCUCUGUCUUCCAAAGAGGAGGACAUCCAGAAGCCAGAGCAAAUCAGUGAACUCUUUGACUCCAUCACAUACAGCAAGGGAGCUGCAGUCCUCAGGAUGCUCUCAGAGUUCAUCACCGAGGCUGUCUUCUCCAGAGGACUCAGUACAUAUUUGCAGCAGUAUCAGUAUAACAACACAGUCUACCAAGAUCUUUGGAAGCACCUACAAAUGGCGGUAAAUGCAACUACGCCCAGUUUAGGGCUGCCCGAGUCUGUGGAGGACAUCAUGAACCGGUGGAUCCUCCAGAUGGGGUUUCCAGUGGUCACCAUCGACACCAAGACAGGACGUGUCAGCCAGAAGCACUUCCUGUUGGACCCCGACUCUGUAGUGGAAAGGCCGUCACCAUACAGUUAUGAGUGGUUUGUCCCUAUUACUUGGGCUAAGGCAGAUGGAGUUGAACAGCAGUACUGGCUCCUAAAAAAAGAAGAUACAAACACAAAAAUGACCAUCGGUACUGGUGAGUGGCUGCUGGCCAACAUAAACAUGACUGGCUUCUACAGAGUUAACUAUGACUCUGAAAACUGGGAACGUCUUCUCACCAAGCUGAGCUCCCAGCAUCAGGAUAUUCCGGUGAUCAACCGAGCUCAAAUCAUUGAUGAUGCUUUUAACCUUGCAAGGGCAAAGGCUGUGAGUACAAUACUGGCUCUGAAAACAACCAAGUAUCUGUUCAGAGAGGUAGAAUACAUGCCAUGGCAGACAGCGAGCCGCAAUCUGGACUACUUCUUCCUCAUGUUUGAUCGCAGUGAAGUCUAUGGACCCAUGCAGGCUUACAUAAAGAAACAGAUCACUCCCCUAUUUAACUACUUCAAAGAGCUCACUCUCAACUGGACCAAGAUCCCUGAUGGCCACACUGACCAGUACAACCAGGUGAAUGCUAUUUCCAUGGCUUGCAGUACUGGAGUAGAGGGCUGUGAGGAACUGACAACUGGCUGGUUCAGAGCAUGGAUGAAAGACCCCACUAACAACCUCAUCAAUGCCAACCUGAGGUCUACAGUGUACUGCAGUGCCAUAGCAGCAGGAGGAGUAGACGAAUGGGACUUUGCUUGGUCCAUGUACAAGAAUGCUACCAUAGCCUCGGAGGCGGAUAAACUGAUGUAUGCUUUGUCCUGCACCAAACAGCCGUGGCUGCUGAACAGGUAUCUGGAAUAUUGUCUAGAUCCAGAGAUGAUCCGGAAGCAGGAUGCCACCUCCACUAUUGUUUACAUUGCUAGUAAUGCUAUUGGCCAGCCUCUGGCUUGGGACUUUAUCCGAGCCAACUGGAACCAUUUAUUCAAUGACUAUGGUGGUGGAUCAUUUUCCUUUGGAAGACUAAUUAAUGGAGUGACCAAACGUUUUUCAACUGAAUUUGAGUACAAACAGCUGCAGCAGUUCAAAGAGGAUCAUGUAGAGGGAGGGUUCGGCUCGGCCACCAUGGCUCUGGAGCAGGCUCUGGAGAGAACCAAGGCCAACAUAAACUGGGUUUCCUUGAACAAGGAACAAGUCCUUGCAUGGUUCACUAACGAAACUGCUUCUCCAGUGUAUUAACCCAAACCCGCUGCCCUGUCCAAUAACCUUAAUUUAUAUCAUGCAGUUGUUCUCUCUAGCCACAGUUUUUUUCUGUAACUAAAACCAAAUGUUUAUAGAUAUUUUAUAAAUAUUAUGUUUACCAUGUUUAUGAUGUAGGAAAAAGUGUUUUAAAGCCUUUUGUGGAUAAAGUGUAUUUGAUACCAAUAUCUCCUCUUGUAUGUUCAAAAAAAGUUUGAUGUACUGUCACAUUCAACAUAAUGCAGUUUCUAAAGAUCACUGAAUUUCAAAUUGUGAGAUAUGGCUUUCCUAUACUGGCAAAAUGGUUUAUAAGUUCAGAUUUAUUAUUUUUCCUUUGUAAUUCCAUCUAUUGCAAGUUGCCACGUUGACAGAAUGUACAAGAAUGGCUAGUUCCAUAAUCAUGAGUGCUGCAAGGAGUU